AUGUCACAGGAAAAUAGAGCAGCAAAAGAGAAAGAUAUCAUUGAAGGAGGAGUUUUUGAGAAAGAAGAACACCACAACAUGAAACCGCAACUCAUCACACUAAUCAAGAAAAAUUGUUCCUACGGUGGAAACCCAUUGGAAGAUCCCAAACAGCAUAUAUCCAGUUUCUUAAGGACUUGUGGUGCUGUCAACCCCGAUGGUGUAAAUCAUGACACUUUUAAGCUCUUGCUAUUUCCCUUCUCACUAAAGAAUGAAGCUGCACAAUGGCUCGAAACUAUGCCCCAGGGCAGUAUUACUAGUUGGGACGAAUUGGUUACCAAAUUUCUCACCAAAUUCUCUUCAUCCCAACAAAACAUCAAGAUGAAAGAGGGGAUUCAGCCAUUCAUACAAGGAAAGGAAGAACCAUUGUUCAAACCAUGGGAAAGAUACAAGAAAGCAACUGACAAAGAGGGUUUCCGAGUGUUCUAUGAAGGAUUAACCCCAGAAACAAGGAGAGCAGUGGAUUACGUCUUAGACAACCUUUUCAAAGCAACAGCAGCUGGCCAAGGAACUACAGAUCUCAAUAACAAGAGAGCCAAUAACCAACACUCAUUUGAGACUCCACAGAGUGCAACUUCAGAUGAGGAGAUAAAGAAUCUUGAAGGAAUGAAGGCAGUCAUGAGUCAAAGCAGACAGCUACAUCAGCAAACUCUGCAACAAUUGGAGUCAAUAGCUAGACAAAUUGACUUUCUCCAUUCUACUACAGUAAAGACACAAUUUCCUCUAUGGAAGCCACAUUCGUAUCUAAGAAUGAAGGAAUCUCAAUAUCAGGAACAAAGGGACUUCGAUCACACACAACCCCAACACACACCCUUCCAAGACCGUCCUACCUCACCACUCACCCAAAAUGACUUUCAUCGACCACCACAAUUGACACAGCCACAACCACUUCCAACCUUUCAAAGAAUCUAUGUUUUGGAAAUGUUGAUUGAAAGGUUCAUGAAAAUUCAAGAAAUGAUGGCAAUAGAGCAGGAAGGAAUAAAGAAACAUCAAGAGAUGAUAAGCAAGAACCAAGAGGCCUCACUCAGAAGACUUGAAAGGCAGAUGGAACAACUGGUUCAAAACCUUGCUGAAUUGGGUGAGAAGAAGGGAACUCUGAACCCAAAGAGCCAUGAGAAGGAUGCUGGGUUGAAAGAGAAGGAAGUCGUGGAGGAAAGUAAGAAGUCGAUGGAAAGAGAAACGGAAGGAAGAAAGCCCAUAGCAAGAGGAGGAAACCUAAGGCAACAGAAGCCUCAACUUCCAUGA